AACCCAAUUUGGUGGCAUGAGCUGAUCAUCGUUGUGUCAAAGGAACGAAAAAUGAAUAACUCGUGUUUCCUGAUGCUUGGGAUAGGAAGAAAUGAUGACCUGUCUAGUAAACGAGAUUUGAGUGUUGAUGACCUUGUCAAUAUAGCAAAAUCAUCUGGGUCCUGUGCGGCACUUUUGGGGCAGAUUGGAAACCAGCCAAUCACCUACAAGACAAUCCCUUUGCAAAUGUGCAAGAACAGCAUUGAAAAUGCUGCACUUGUUUGUUCGUGGUGGAAGUUCAUGAACGACGAGAGUGAGCCGCCACAUGUGCUGAUUCAGUUUCCAAUGGUGAAGGCAGCUGUGCGUGGCAUGGACACCGUAGCAGAUUUUCUGCUGAAAGAAUCCGGUGGAAUGAUGAAUAUCACAAAGUUCACAGUGGCUGGUCUUUCCAAGCGUGGCUGGGCCACCUGGCUGGUAGCAGCUGUGGACAAGAGAGUUGAGUCAUUUAUUCCAAUUAUCUAUGAUCUUUUGAAUAUUGUUAAGAACUGGCAUCAUGAAUACCGAUCAUACUGUGGCUGGGGCUUUGCAUUGUAUCAUUUCUAUGUCAUGAAUCUAACUCGGCAGUUGGACACCCCACGGUUCCAGGAAUUAACUUCACAUGUUGAUCCGUUUGAAUAUAAAGAACGAUACCAAAAUAGGACCCUGCUCAUGAUCUUAUCAACAGGAGAUGACUUCUUCCUGCCUGAUGACUCGUACUAUUUCUUUGAUGAGCUACCAGGAAAGAAAUAUAUCCGAUUCAUCCCGAACACUAAUCACGCUAUAACAUUAUUACCAUGGAAUAGAGCAUCUAUCCUUGAAUCGUGUAGAGCCUUUUAUCUCAGCACCAUGCAGAAUUUGGCCAUGCCUCAAAUUUCUUGGAACAGGUCUGAGGCAAAUGGCAAAGGCAUCAUCUCUCUCUCCACAGAUCAGGAGCCUUUAAAAACUAGAUGUUUCUUUGCUAACACAUGGCUCACCAACAAGCGAGACUUCAGGCAACUUAGGCUUUCCUUUAUUAUUGUGAAUCCUGCACUUUGGAUUGAUUGCAAUGUUGCUAAAGUGGGAACAGGUGUUUAUAAAGCAGAAUUGUCAAAGCCAUUACUUGGAUGGAAGGGUUUCUUUAUUGAGGUAACUUUCAAAGGACCUGAGAACGAUAAGCAUGUUUUCACCUCAGAGGUUCAAAUCAUCCCAGACACUUUUCCAUGUGCAGACUGCAAGGGAGAAGGAUGCUAUGGGAAGCUGGUGUGAAACCCUGCAGAGAAAAUGUGGCUUCUGUUGCUGACAGCAUCCAUGAGGGAAGACAUAAUGAAGCAGGCCCACCUGGAUGAAUUUUACCUUUAUGCUUUCCAUAUAAUCAGUUAUCCACAUAUCCAUAUAUAACCAUAUAUAUUUAUGAUGAUUUUACAUAAUCCAUGCUUGAAUCAUGAAGGCUUCUGCACAGCUAAAAGCAAAAUGCUUAGAUUUGGAAAUCCAAAUCGACCUCUGCCCCAGUUCUCUCCCCUUGUUCUUCUUAUGUCCUCAAAUGCCUCACCAACAAAAGGGGGGAAGCAAUAAAUCUGAUGUGCUGUCACUUUCCUUCUGUCCAGCCAGGGUCCCCAAGCAAGCUAAAACAUAUAUGUCCCUGUAUAACAGAUGUUGCGUAGGAGACGUUAUCAACAGUGAAACGGCCAAAUACAGUUCCUUUCUCUUUAGGUUUCCCUUUCUCCUUUCUUACCAUAAACCAGGGGGAAAGGUCGGACUGAUGUACAGACUGAAGAAAGCAGAAGUUGGGAGGGAAAUCUUUGUACGAUCAGGGGCAAGGCUUGAAUGCGCUCAUUGGUUUUAUUUUUGCUGCGCGUAUGUGAUUGUAUUCGAUUAUGUCAUGUAUGUACUCAGGUAUAAAGCCUCAGGGCACUAAGUCUGGGGUGCCCGUCU